AUGAGCGACCAGCCCAGCUUCCAAUCGACGCCUGUAAGGCCCACCAGGUGAGCGCAUGUUUCUUCAUCACCCAGAUCGGCGACCAGAGUGUAGAUCAGGUGUUGAAAUGGGGUUAGACGCAGGUCGGGCCGCAGCGGGAUCGGCGACCCCAGCAAAGCUGGACAAUCGCAUCGUUGCACCCCGGGUAUGCGCUUGCUCUUCCCGUUGCCGUGCACUCACAGCCCCUGACCUCCCUUGCAACCCCAUCCAUUCCCAUCUGCCCACACUGUGCGCAAAUUGAUUCCGCGGCGACGCCGACUCGGUAGACAACCAUCGAUGGCGACGCCUCCGCAUCGCAACCCACAUCAGUUCAAUGGCAGGGGGGCUCAGCCCAACGGCCACAACAAUGAAGAGACGUAUCCACAGGAUAGCGCGGUGUAUGGAAGAGGAUAUCCAAGCCAAGGCGCAGCUUAUCCUGCUGCAGGAUCUCCCUCUCCCUUUGCACCUCCUUUACCGCCCAUGGCACCCUCACCACAAUACGACGAUUCCUUCCGGUCAUCACCAGCACCUGCGCCAGGCCCAGCAGUUGACCAAUUUGGCGGUUACAACACGUUCGCGGAUGCGGGUAGCGCGCGCUACGAACAAGACGUGCGCGAACCUGAUCAGUUCAACGGGCCUGGGUACAUCUCUCCUUCGCCAGCAAACAUUCAAGGUGCCGGUCUCCGUCAUCGCACAGGAGAGAGGUGAGUCUGCGAUCAGAUCUACCACAAAGAGGCUUCCCCUUUUCGCGUUGUCAUUGAAGCUUGCAACGUGAAUGCGCUCAAGGCGGAUCAUAGUCCAUCCACAUGCGGCCGUACUUGCGAGAUUCGUGACGCUGAAGCUUCUUGUCCUGCACAGUGUAUCGUUUGCGAAGCCAAAUCCGCCCUUCAUCAGCGGUGGCGGCGGCGGUCGGGUAGUUGGAGAUGACGAAAGCAUGUACUCUCAAUACAACAAAGGUUGGGAUGACCAGGCGUCCAUGAUGGGGGGUGCAAGCUACUACGGAGAUCAGCACAUGGCGAGUAGCAGCACAUCGCACCUGAACUCCAAUCAUUACACUGGAAAUGGAUGGGAUGCACCUGGCGGGUUUGGCGGCGGCCACGAAGCUAUCGAGAUGCAAGCUGGUGCGCCCGGCUACCCACCUGACACCUAUCACAAUGGCGGUCAUCCAAAUUUUCCCAACCCAGGAGGUUACGGCUUUGGAGCGCAACGAAUGCCAGAAGAACAAAACAUUGGUGCUGGUUGGGUCGGUCUUGCAGCGCCUGGCACAGUGCUCGCACAGGCCCAACCCCGGCACACUCAUGCAGGCUACAACGAGACUCACGAGCGCAUCAUGCGGCGUAGGACCGUCAAGAAGCUGGCAUUAGAGAAUGGAAACUUGGUCAUCGAGACGCCUGUUGCGCCAAACAUCUGCAAGCAGAACCAGAGCAAAGAGUUCACGCAUAUGCGCUACACGGCCGCUACGUGCGACCCCGAUCACUUCAUUGCUCAGCGCUACGCGCUUCGACCAUGGCUGCUGGGCAGAGAGAUCGAGCUCUGCAUCGUGUUGACCUCGUACAACGAAGAUGAGCAACUGCUGGUCAGGACACUCAACUCUGUGAUCAAGAACAUAGCCUACCUGACCUCGCGGACCAAGUCAAAGACAUGGGGCCUGCAAGGCUGGACCAAAGUUGUGGUGAUUCUGGUGGCUGAUGGGCGAAAGAAGGCGGACAAGCGCUUCUUGAAGCUUUUACAGCUGAUGGGUGUCUACCAGGAAGGAGUGAUGGUGGAUCACGUCAACGACAAGCCGACCGUUGCCCACAUCUUCGAGUUGACUUCGCAAGUAAUGGUGUCGGCCAAUGGCUCGGUGGAGGUAUCCCAGUGUCCUAUCCAAGUCAUGCUGUGCCUCAAGGAGACCAAUGCCAAAAAGCUCAACUCGCACAGAUGGUUCUUCAACGCUUUCUGUGCCCAACUCAAACCCAAUGUGUGCAUCCUGCUCGACGUUGGAACCAAACCAGCAGCAAAGUCCCUUUACCACCUUUGGAAGGCUUUUGACAAUCAUCCCAAGUGCGGAGGAGCUUGUGGCGAGAUCACAGUGGAAACGGGUCGCGGCUGCUGGCAGCUGGUCAACCCGCUCGUCGCGGCACAGAACUUUGAGUACAAAAUGUCAAACAUCCUAGACAAGCCACUCGAAUCGGUGUUCGGGUACAUUACCGUCUUGCCUGGAGCCUUCUCCGCUUAUCGUUAUAAGGCGCUGCAGGGGAGACCGUUGGAGGCUUACUUUAAGGGAGAAGCGCUGCACUCGGGUGCUGUGCAUGGGGGCUCAUUCUUGGGCAACAUGUACCUCGCAGAAGAUCGCAUUCUGUGCUUUGAACUUGUUGCUAAGCGAGGGGAAGGCUGGCUGCUCAAGUACGUCAAGAGCGCUCGGGCCUCUACAGACGUCCCCGACAAGCUUCCAGCGUUUAUCGGACAGCGUCGAAGAUGGUUGAACGGAAGCCUGUUUGCAGCAAUCUACUCUACUUGGCACUUUGGGAGGAUGUGGACCAGCGGUCAAGGAUUUUUCCGGAAGCUCCUCUUGCAGUUCCAGGUCAUCUACUCGCUUGUACAGCUCAUCUUUGCCUUUACCGGCAUUGCCAACUUUUAUUUGGCCAUCUACUUCUUGUUCUCUUCUGCCACGUCCGACGACAAACACGAUCCGUUUGGUGGCCAGGGAGACUCGGUGCUGCAGAUUGUCCUCAAUGCCCUGAUCGCCAUCGUGGUGGUCUGCUUGAUCCUCAGCUUGGGCAAUCGGCCGCAAGGAUCUAACCUGGCUUAUCAUGCUGUCGUCAUACUUUUAGGUAAGUCGCGUCGCACUUAUAUCUGGAAUGCCGCACAUCACUGACGAAGGUAGUAUUUCUUGGCCAUCUUUCUGCAGCCCUUCUGAUGGGGGUCGCGCUGUACACUGCUGGCUUUACUAUCUUCAUCGCUGCUGACGCUGCGGGACUUACCCACCUCUCGGGCUGGACUGGUGACAAUAUCCUUCAACUCAUCAAGCUGGACUCCUUCAGAGACAUUGUGAUCUCGCUUGCGAGCACAUAUGUUCUGUGGGUCAUAGCUUCCAUCAUCCACUUUGAACCUUGGCAUCUCGUCACUUCUUUCAUCCAAUACCUGUUCCUGACCCCUUGCUUUGUUAUUGUUCUGGCGAUCUACUCUAUGGCGGUGAGUGCUGCCAUCUUGCUUGACGCAAUCACGCUGCAGCAGGACUAAUCCUUUGCCUCUCCCACUUGUCUACAGAAUACUCACGAUUUGUCGUGGGGCAAUCGACCUGCAGAACCUGCGAAAGACUUGGGCAAAGCUUCUACCACUGGCGGGAAGGAUGGCAAGCCAGCCCAAGUCGAGGUGAAAACGACGACGGCAAACGAUGCUGCAGAGCUGUGGCAAUCCGCUCAGCGAGAAAUGGCAGUGCCUCGAGUGGAGGAGAAGGAGCAUCGAGCGCCGACACAAAAAGCUGCAGAUGAGGCGGCGACGUUCAGGACGAAUCUGCUACUCAUCUACAUCCUCGUCAACGCCGUCCUGGUUCUCUUCUUUACAUCCUCGUACUGGAAACGCUUUGUGGGACGCAAGCUGCCGGGGUCUUCUGAUCCGUACAUGGCUGCACUCUUUUGGUCCACCGCUGGAUUGAGCGCUCUGCGCGCCACGGGCUCCGUACUCUACAUCGUCUUCAGGAUAUUUGGACACUGA